AUCAAAAUAAAGAUUUCAAUAACCAAAAGGGGACAAGCCAGAUGUCCUUAGACAAAAACCCGUUUCCUGGAUUAAAGAAGGUGCCUCCAACGUGGCUGAGAAAAAGUGAAUCUUAAACGGCGGGGCUUCUGGCAGGACAAAACAGGCGCGCUCGGCCCGCCAUUUUGUUUGCGCCAAUCCUAUUUUAGCGACAAGUACCAAGGGCCUCUGGGCGGCCUCCCGGGGCUUAGUCUUAGGCCCUGGCCCUUGAGGGUGAUAGGAGACAAGGCAGGCUUUUCCCAGCCCUUAAGGCAAGCAAGGCAGCGACUGCUGCUGCGGAAGAGUGUGGUACACUUUCAGAUCGCCGAUUCGGCCGGCAGGGCGUACCUCCUUCUGCAAGUUCAGCGGCUUCCUCUGUCCAUACUUGGAGAAAAGCCGAGGUCAGGACAGCAACUUUAAGGAGGAAAACCACCUGGAGCGGGUGAGAGUCCUUGGCCACGAAGUCUGAGCGGGUCCUCCGAAAGCUAAAAGAGGAAGAGGAGAUCCCACACUCCAGGCCUUCUCCGCUUCGUUGCGGGUUCCCAAGUGCGCUUCCUCGGAGGCCGCCGCUUAGUAUCGAGACGUUCAAGUCCUCUCGGGGCCAGGGACAAAUAAGUGUCUGGAUGGAUCGCGAAGCAAAUUACUGUUUUUUUAAAAAAGCUCCAGGCUAGACGGUCGCUGGGUUCACCCAGCAUCAUCUCCUGUUAGUUUUCUGAAGACUUACUUAGAAGAAUAGACAGCUGAGAACUGGCUGCCUGCUUAAGAGGGCUGUUCGAACCCUCCCCGCUUGUUUCCAUUCUUUUCUCCCGCGUUCAGACUGAGCCCUGAAAUCCUAACUUCUCCACCGAUGGGAAAGGUUACAUUGAGUAGGGCUGCAAAAAUCUGGAUGAUCUCUAGAUGGCAGCCAAGGGCAUGUUUUCUCUCUCCCCUUUGCUGCUGCCCUCUGGUUACGGAUUUAUCCCACCCGCCCUCCGCCCUCGCCAGAUCUGGGCGACCUCUUUCUCAGCCAACCUGCUUUGAAAGGCUCCUGUCUGAAUCAAAUUGUGGAAAGAACAUUUGGGAUCGGGAUGGUCAGUAAAGCUUAUGGAUACAUAAAUGAGAGCACCGUGAAAUGAAGGUGGGAUAUGCCCCCGAAUAAAUAAUAAGCCUCCGUGUUUAAGAUUAAGGCGCAAAUCCAAACAAUAACCCGGGCAGUCCCAGGCUAAGAGCUGAUUUCCGCAGGCCUUCGAGUCCAUUUCCAAGGACAGCGCUAGGAACUGCGGCCCAUUUCACAUGUUCACUUCCCCGCUGGUUCCGAUAAAUCAUCUUUGCUUUCAAGAAGCAGUCUUUGGCAGCAUCCUGGGAAGUUCAGAUGAAGUUGUCAUUUUAUGUCAUAGGGAUAAGGAUCCAAUUCUGGGGACAACACUUCUGACCACACAAGUCUUCCACAGUUCCCAUCUUUCUUGACAUGGUACUGCAAUGGCUGCUGGAGUCUUAUUGCAAAAUGAGGCACCUUACUGUUCUCUGAUAAUCAGCAGCACAACCAUGAAUACAGGAAGAUCUAGACGUCCAACUGCAAAAUAUACAAAAGUUGGAGAACGCCUUCGUCAUGUUAUUCCUGGUCAUAUGCAGUGUUCUAUGGCGUGUGGUGGCCGUGCUUGCAAAUAUGAAAACCCAGCUCGGUGGAGUGAACAAGAACAGGCUGUUAAAGGAUUAUAUUCCUCCUGGGUAACAGAUAACAUACUGGCUAUGUCUCGACCCUCCACAGAUCUUAUUGGAAAAUAUAAUAUUAUUGAACAGUUCCAAAGAUGUGAUAUAAAAACAGUAAUUAACCUCCAGCGUCCCGGGGAACAUGCUAGCUGUGGGAAUCCACUGGAACAAGAGAGUGGUUUCACCUAUCUUCCUGAAGCCUUCAUGGAGGCGGGAAUUUAUUUUUAUAACUUUGGAUGGAAGGACUAUGGUGUAGCUUCUCUCACUACUAUCCUCGAUAUGGUCAAAGUGAUGACUUUUGCCUUACAGGAAGGGCGAGUAGCUAUUCAUUGUCAUGCGGGACUUGGCAGAACAGGUGUCUUAAUAGCUUGUUACUUGGUUUUUGCAACAAGAAUGACGGCAGACCAAGCAAUCCUUUUUGUAAGAGCAAAAAGGCCUAAUUCUAUUCAGACUAGAGGACAGUUGUUAUGUGUAAGGGAGUUUUCACAGUUCUUAAUUCCACUCAGAAAUGUUUUUGCCACCUGUGAGCCCAAAGCACAUGCAGUGACUCUUUCCCAGUACUUGAUCAGGCAGCGGCAUUUGUUGCAUGGAUAUGAAAGCAGAAAUCUCAAGCAUGUGCCAAAACUUAUCCAUCUUGUUUGCAAAUUGCUCUUGGAUUUGGUUGAAAACCGGCAGGUAAUAGAGGAAGAAUUAAUAGAUAUACCAGACCUGUCAGCUGAAAUUGAGGAGACUGUUUCUCAGUUAGCUUCUACGGAACUUGAUAAGGAGUUGACAAGACAAGACAGUAGUACUUCAGAGCCAUUCUCUCUCUCAGGGUCAAAUCCUCUUCAUCCCAGGGAACACGAUUGUGAUCCUCUUUGCAAAUCGAGGACAGCUGAUUACUUUUUGUCUCUUAGCCGUUCCAAAAGGCGCCUUAGCUAUAGUGAAUCAGAUUUAAGAAAAGCUGCAUUUAUCGCUGAGCAAGGAGAAACUCUAUGGUCAGUGCCUGUACAAGUGCCACUCUGCAACAAAUCUAACCCGCCAAGCAAGGAGGACCACUGCCAGGGUCUUCACAUUGAGCUAAACCAAGAAGUCUUAAUUCGUAACACAUUUACUUUCUCAACUCAGGGAAAAUUUAAUCCAGGAAAAAAUGAAGAUGACUCUUCUGCCUGCCAUAGAUCUAGACAUACAAAAAGAGUACUGCGUAGUAAAACCAUUUCUUCAGGCCUUGCAUGUCAUCAGAAAGAAAAAGAGGACGAGGAGGAGGAGGAAGAUGAAGAUGAGGAACUAAAAGCAUUGAACUAUAAUUUUGUGAAAAAGGACAUUUAUGGUAGACGAAUAUCUGAAGAUUCAGACUCUUCUAAAGCAGAAAAUGAGAUCUAUGAUCUUUCGGAAACAAUCCCUCAUAUCAUUGUGCAAUCAGAAUUAACUCAAGAAGCACGAAGAAUUUUGGCAGCCAAAGCUCUGGCAGGUCUGAAUGAAUUUAUGGAAGCAGAAGAAGUGAAGUCUAAAGUAGAAAUGUGGCAGAAAGAACUGAAUACUCAAAAUGGAGCGUGGGAUAAAAUAUGUGCUGAGAGUGAUCCUUUUAUUCUCAGUAAUUUGAUGUGGUCUUGGAUAGAGCAACUUAAAGAACCGCUUCUAACCAAAAAUGAUGUUGAUGUGUUAGCAAAAAAUAAUACGGAUUUUCAAGAAGCAUUCAAACUGCUAGAAAAGGGAAAAUAUCAUACCAUACUAUGUAUCUUAAACUGUGUGGUGAAUUUGCAGAAAAUACCAACAGAUGUGGAAGAGCUGCUGCUUAAUCGUGCCAUUAAAGCAUUCACCAAGCAGAUGAACUGUGAUUCUGAAGGUGGAUCAGAUGUUUACAGCAUUUUAAAGAAUGUUUUCAAACAGAUACUGGAACACCAAAGACAAUAUAUCAGUGAAGAAACAGGAAAGCUUUUAUGAAGUUUACAUUUCUAUGCUACAAUUUUUUGUAGUGUUAAAAAACUACCUUUCUUUCGUAUCCCUUGUUUUGCAUUAAUUAAAUUUAUGUUAAUGUUGUUUAUUAAAUAUUGGAAGGUUGCUUUCCUGUAUAUGUAUGUACAUUGUUAUUUAAUAACUUGCCAUUUUUUGUGAUUGUAAUGAGGCAUUUUGACUAUUACAUUAAAAUGAUAUAUAGUUUUUCAGCGAUAAGUUAUUGGUUGGAUCAAAGAGAAAAAUCCCUUUGUUCCAAAGUGGAUAAGGUGAUCCUCGCUGAUUCCUCCUCUCCCAUAUGUCACCAAGAAUCUGUUCAGGAGGGUUAGGGACAGAAGAAUGGAGGUCCGUAACCAGUGGUGUUGGCCCACUGUUGUUGGAUGGGGAAUCAGCCUAGAUUGCUUUUCCUUCACCUUUUUCCCCCAGCAGGGAUGAUCUCAGCAGCACUUUGUUAGGCUCCGUUCCCAUUGGCUGAAUGAAAGCUACAUUCAACCUGCUAUUUUUUCAUAUUGAAUUGUUGCCAUAAUUCACUGCCAUAAUGUGCUGGUUUAUUCAGUUUAAUAUUUGUGUAUUAAAACUCUUUAAGCUUAAAUCUUGUUUACAUUAGUAGUAUUAUGUUUUAUUUUAUGAUUAGUAAACAUUGACUGAUACAAAUGACUGUUGUACAGCUAAAUGACUUUUCCUUGGUAGCCGUAAAAGAAUUGAUUUUAAUGCCAAAAUAAAUUUGUAGCAAAAAAUAUAAAGAUGAUUUAAAAUAUGAAGGUAGACAACUGCCAGCUCAUAAAUAGUUUUGAGAAAGUUGAAACUUUCUAUUUUUUAAAAUAAAAUACUGUAAAUGUGAAAAAUGAGAUGUGUGUUAUAGUCGCUCAUUAAAAACAAACAAACGAAUAAAGGAAAUAUUUACAGUAAAAAA